GUACUUUGGUUCAUGAAAUGGCAGUGCAGUGCAUUAUAAAGUUGAAUGGCGUACAUUAACGUUAAGCCGUUAUAGUAAAAAGACAACAAAGUUUAUAUUUAAUGGUUUAAAUAAUAAUUAGUAUAGUAACGAGAGAAUCUCGUGUAAAAUUUCAUUUUUCUUGACGAAAAUGAAUGAAAUAUCAUUGGCAAGAUAAAGAGCAAGUGAUAUUAUUUCUCAUUUAUUUUCAAACAAUCUCAGUGAAUCUCUUUUACUCACUCGAAGAAAUCAACUUUCCAUUUCGAUAUUUAUAUACAUUAGUUUAUAUUUAUAUCAUUAAAACGUGAAAAAUAAUAUAAUAUCGAUCGUUUGAAGAAUUUUCUCAACUGCUUAUUAUAUUGAAAUAUUAUUCUCGCUUAUAUCUCAGUCAAUCUUUUUAUUAAAUAGAUAAAAAAUAAUUGAUAGUGUUAUGUUAGUUUACAUUAUCCAAUACAAAAUAUAUCGUUAAUAAAUAAGUAAACAAUUAAACAUCUCUACAUACAAUUACAUAUUUGAUAAAUAGCUUUGUAUAUAAUAAAAAAAAAAAAAAAAAGAAAAAUCAAACAAACAAAUAAAUAAAUUGAAUGUUAAUCUCUCUCUGCAAACAAACAGUAAAAAUGGCACCGGGUCGAGAUGAUCUGCCUAAAAGAAUUGCAGCUCCAGGCUGCAGAUUGCCAGCUAAAUUACCGGCCGAUGAAAUUCUCACAGAUGUUACACAGAACAAAUGGAGACUUGGUACAAGUAUUGGAUAUGGUGGAUUUGGUGAUAUAUAUCUAGCUUCCAAAGAUAUAACUUCCCCAGUUGGAGACGAUGCACAAUACGUUAUUAAAAUUGAACCUCAUAACAAUGGACCUUUGUUUGUCGAAAUGAACUUUUACAUACGUGCAUCAAGAAAACAUAUGAUUGAAAGUUGGUGUAAAACACAAAGAAAAAGAAGAAUAGGUGUACCAACUUAUGAAGGAUCUGGUUCUCACAUUUAUAACGGACAACGUUACAGAUUUUUAGUAAUACCAAGAUAUGGGAUAGAUAUUGGUAAAUUGUUUAUAUCAAACAACAGAAAAUUACCAAAUAAACUUGUUAAUAAUUUAGCUGUACAAAUGCUGGACGCAUUAGAAUAUAUUCACAGUCAUGGAUAUGCUCAUGCAGAUAUUAAAGGACCUAAUAUUUUAUUAGCACCUUAUGACGAUUCUGUAGUAAGAGAAAAAUCGCAAGCAUACUUGGUUGAUUAUGGAUUAGCUUAUCGCUUUAGGACAACAGCAGGAAUCCAUAAACCAUUUGUCCAUGAUGAAAGAAGAGCACACGAAGGAACAUUAGAAUUUACAUCACGUGAUGCACAUCAUGGAACACAUUCGAGAAGAGGAGAUCUUGAAACAUUAGGAUAUAAUUUAAUACAAUGGACGUGUGGUAAACUACCAUGGGAGAAAGAUAAUAAUGAUUUAUCUGUAACUAUUAAUCCAGAAGAAGUUCAUGCCGAAAAGGAAGCUUUAUUAUCGAAUUUACCUCUAUUCAUGGAGAAAUGUUUCGCAAAUAGAAAAAAUUAUCCACCUGCCCUAAUGGAAUAUAUGAAGUACAUCACAGAAUUAAGCUUUGAAAGCAAACCAAAUUAUUCAUAUUUAAGAAGUUUAUUUCAAUUUGGUACGAAUCAAGAAAGAUGUGUUCCUACAUGUCUCUUCAACAACAUUCAAGAAUCUAAUGAGAAUACUUGUGCCACGUCGAUUAAACGACCCUACUUAAGAGAACGUAAACCAUGUAGACCAGUAAAUGGCGAGAUUCGGAUAACUAGAAAUACACAAUCGAAAAGUCAACCAAAAAAAUUCUGUUGGGAGGAAGUAUUGGCAUUUCAUCCUGACAGAUUAGCCAAAAUUAAUAUACAAACACCACCGACUACUUUGACACCGCCACCAUCACCACCGCCAUCACCAAUUUCAUCACCAAUUCCAUCAUUACCUACUUAUGCGAUGUUAGAUGUUAUACGUAAAAUGAAAGAGAAACAAUCAGGAUCGUUUAAACAUAAACCACGAUCGAUAGAUAGCAGUGAUAUAAGAACAAAGUGGAUGACUCCAGCGAUGGAAGAAGUUGUUGUACGCUUGAAAAAAAGAUCAGCAGUAUCUUUGGGUGUUUCGAUUGAAGAUUCACUUAGAUCCAAUAUAUCUGGUGAUACACCACGUGUAACGCGUUCUCGAGUAGCAAAAUUAAAACGUUUAGGAACUAACGACAAAUUUGAUCAACCAAAAGAACGCAAGAAAAGAAGUAAAUCUAAGAAUAUUGAUGAUACAAAGUAGUAAAACUGACUUUAUCUCUUUUUUCAAUAUCUCAACGUCUAUUGUUAACGAACAAUGUAUUUGCCUAUCUCAGAUUUUUUUUUGUUUUUAUCAUGAGACAUAUACUU